UUUGUUUGUAAACAACAGCCGUUUGUGUUACAAAAAACCGGCCAAAUUUCGCGAGCGUUCAGUUUUGUGCCAGCAGAAAUAAGUGAAAAAGUGUAUAAUUAUGAGCCUUUUCGACAUCGAGGACAUCAAGGUGAAGCCGGAUAUCGUGUGUCCUUACCCGGAACCGUCCGUGCCCCCCGGAGCUGCGAUUGUAAUCGAUAACGGUUCCUACCACUGUCGGGCCGGUUGGGCCACCAAGUCGGCCCCGUCGCUGGUGUUCAAAAAUGUUCUGGCCAAACCGCGCAAAGACCGAAGCAAAAAGGACACCAACAACGGCGAGGGAGCACUGGUGCCCACGGUGCAGAUUGGAAACGACAUCACCAACAUCGAAGCGGUCCGGUUCCAGCUGCGCACCCAGUUCGAUCGGAACGUUGUGACGCAUUUGCACGUGCAGGAGCAGAUUUUCGACUAUUUGUUCGGUCGGCUUGGGAUUGAGGGGGACGGAUGCGUGCCACAUCCGGUGCUGCUGACCGAGUGCGUUGCCAAUCCAAACUACAGCCGCAUGCUGAUGUCGGAACUGAUGUUCGAAUGCUACGGAAUUCCGGGACUUGUCUAUGCGGUGGAUGGUUUGUUGAGCUACCGGUUGAAUGGAGGACAGGACAGUGGCUUGAUUGUAUCCUGUGGGUAUCAAGCAACGCACAUCAUUCCCAUUUUGAACGGGUGGAUGGUGGAGGGCAAGGUUCGACGGAUCAAUCUGGGAGGAUUCAACAUGAUAAAUUUCAUGUUCCGGCUGCUGCAGUUGAAGUACCCGGUUCACGUAAAUGCCAUCACUCUGAGCCGAGCGGAAACGAUGAUUCACAAUUACUGCUCGUUUGCCUACGACUACACAGAAUCGUUGCGAAACUGGGCUUUGUUGGAGUUUUACGAGCAGAAUGUCAUCAAAAUCCAGCUGCCCUACAAUCAGAACGUGUCCGCCCCGACGCUGACGGCCGAGCAGCGGUUGGAAAAGCGCAAGGAGCUCUCCCGACGCCUCGCCGAGAUCAACCUUAGGAAACGCGAAGAAAAACUAGCAGAAGAUAAGGUACUUCUGACCCGGAUGCUUGCCGCCGAGGACACCUUGGAAGACGAGGACAACGUCGGCUUUACGUUGCACGAAUUCGGCGCCAAGAGCGCCGAUGAGUACCGGAAGACGAUCGUCACUCUAAGAGAGCGAAUCGCCAAAACGACUCAAAAGAUGAACAAUUCCCAGCAUGCUGCUUCGAGCAGCAGUCAAGCGGAGGAAAAACCUCUUCCCUUGUUGCAACCACCUGGAAGCAUGACCGUGUCGGAAUGGGUGGUGGAAACGCGCAAGAAGCGUGACGAGAUACUCGAUAGGAAGCAGGUGCGCAAACAGCGAAAGCAGGACCUGGCCAAGCGCCGGACAGCCGCAGCACAGGAGCGAAUGCGUAUCAUUUCGCAUCUGGCCAAAAAGGAGAAAGGUGUGGAUGAUUUCGGCAUGCGCGACGAAGAUUGGGACGUGUACAAGUCUAUUAGUCGCGAGGGCGACAGCGACAGUGAAGCGGAGAACGAGAAGCUCAUCGAGUGCGAGGAAAUCCUCAAACAGCACGACAGUACCUUCGUGGAACCGGUAGUGGCACCGGGCAACAUAGCUGAGUUCCACCAGCUGCACAUAGGAGUGGAGCGGAUCCGAGUUCCGGAAAUACUUUUCCAGCCGAGUAUGGUUGGAAUCCAGGAAGCCGGACUGACCGGAGCCAUAGAUUACGUGCUCAAACUGUUCCCGAAGGAGGAACAAGUCAAGCUGGUUGGCAACGUGGUGCUCAGCGGAGGAUGUGCCAACAUUCGAGGAUUUAAGGAACGGUUAUCGCGAGAGCUGCAGGCCAUUCUACCGUUUCAGUCGGUGUACAAUUUGAGGGUGGCAGCGAAUCCCAGUCUGGACGCGUGGAAAGGAGCCAGCCAAUUUGCUGCCAGUGAAGAGUUCCGGAAGUCUAUGAUCACACGACAGUUGUACGAUGAGUGCGGCGGUGAGUACUUUAAGGAACACGUGGCCAGUAACUUUUACUAUCCAACACCUAGUCAAGCCAGUUCCACUCUGAAUGAUACUUUCAAUUGAUGAAUCAGCUAAAUUAAAUAUAACAAACAACUA